AUGGAUGAAGACCUCAUGCUCAAUUGGAUUAAGACCGUCUAUAAUCGACGACCCGGCGCACUCCUGCGGUGUCUGAGCCUGCUCGUCUUGGAUGCCUUUCGCGGGCACUUGACCGCAGGGACCAUCAUUGCCUUUGGUCAAACGUCUUCUGGCAAGACUCACACAAUGAUGGGAAACAGCAGCCAGCCUGGCCUUAUCCCCCUGGCCAUAAAUGCCAUCUUUGACAUCAUCCAAAAUGUGCCAGAACGGGAGUACUUAUUACGAGUCUCCUACAUGGAAAUCUACAACGAAAAUAUUCUAGACCUCUUGGACAAUGGUGACGAAAAGCACCUGCAGAUUAGAGACAGUGUGGUGAUUGAAAGCAGUCUCAGGGAUGGAACAGAUGGGGCCGUCGCCAUUGGCCAGUUGAACUUAGUAGACCUUUCGGGGUCAGAGCGCACAGAGCAGUGUGGGGACAUAGGAGAACGUUUUCGAGAGAGCACCCGUGUCAACCUCUCUCUCCCAUUCCUCACGCAAGUCAUUUCCAAGCUCAGCCAAGGAGAAAGGGGUCACAUCAACUUCAGGAACUCUAAACUGACUCGCAUUCUUAGGAACUCGCUGGGUGGCAAUGCACAUACUGCCAUUGUGUGCACAGUCAACCCAUGCUGCUUGGAGCAGACACUUCGCACUCUCGAGUUUGCAAGCUCUGCGAAGAAUAUACAGAACACUCCCAAGGUGAACGAGAUUGUGACCAGUGAUGCUCAGAUCCGCCGCUAUCACAUGCAAAUUGAAGAGCUCAAGGGUAAAGUGAGGGACUUGGAAGGAAGUACGCUGACUAAGACUCUGCAGGAGAAAAACAGCCAGAUUGACGAGCUCAAGAACCAAAUUCAAUCGUUGGAAAAAAAGCUGCUUGUCUCCACCCUCCCACAGGUCAGAGUAUCUGUUGCUGUCCAGGUAGACAUCUGGAGUGUGCAAAAAAUGCAAGAACUUCAUCAGGAAAUCAGCAACAUGCAGCUUUGCAUGGAAAAAUAUAAAAAAGCAUCGCAAGAAUGGGAAUUCAAGUACAAGCGUCUGAAUGAGGAAGCCAAGAAGCAAGAGAAAGAGCUUAACGCCGUAAUCCACCAGCUGAGAAACAAGAAUGCGGACACCUCAGUAGUGGCCUCCUGUGGAAGUCGGGCUGCAGCAGCAACUUCGGCAGGAGGCGAGGCCCUUCGGAAACCAGGGGCGUCAGCCAAGCGCCUGGCCACCAAGUCCACGGCAUCUCUGGGCCAGCAGCUCAAGACCAUGACUCCCCGUUCACCGGAGGGCGCUCGACUCCACUGCUUUGGUCGGGGUCUGAAGCAGCAGGCCAUUGCUGAGGAGGUGCAGAUGGCACAGUGUAGGGCCUCCGCUGCCUCCAAAACCGAACAGCUGGCACACGCAAAGAGGAGGCAUCGGGCCUUGGCCGAGCUCGGUUCACGUACAGGAAAUGCUGAGCCAAGAAGCCCGUUAAAGGAAGCCAUCCAGAAGAGUCACAGUUCUGCAGAAAGUGUCAAAGAGGAAAUACUGGACGAGAUGGCAUGUUGGCCACCAAUGAAAUUUCUCUUGAAGAAUGAAGUCUCAGAUGACUCAGAUGAAGACUCACCAUAGUGAUUGUAGUUGCCCUGUACAAAGGGUGUACUUACCCUACUGGUACCUGCGUGAUUUUAAUUAGUUUUGGCUUUUGUCUUCUGAAUUCAGAUGACAUUUAUUAAAUGUGACUUGUAUCAAAAGUUUUUCGACUACUGUUCAUG